UGUAGGACCCCAUUUUAGGCAGCGGCCUCAGUCCCGGCACGCCUGCUCUUUUCUUUUGCAUGGCUGAGCAUAUGCACCUUGGGGAUUUGCCUUUGGCCUGGUUUUCUCGCCUGAUUUUCUGUGCUUAAGGGUACUAUCUCCUCCUGCAGCAAUGGAUAGGGCUUUAAACCUGGACCGUGCUGAGACCUUCUCCUUCAUCAACCCCUGGAUCAGGUACUUCCUCUUCUUCUUCAGUUUCCUAUUUUGGGUGUUCUCCUUGCUGAUAAUUGCAAUAGGAGUAUAUGCUAAAGCCCAGAAAACUACAGACACAGUCCGGGACACAUUCCUGAUCGACCCAGCAGUCAUCCUCAUCGUGGUCGGAGUGGUCAUGUUCUUCAUCACCUUCUGCGGCUGCAUCGGAGCGCUGCGCGAGAACAUCCACCUACUGAAAACAUUCUCCCUCAGUCUCACCCUGGUGUUCCUCACCCAGCUGGCCAUAGCUGUGCUGGGCUUCUUCUACUCAGACCAGACACGGGAUGCCCUGGGGAAGUUCAUGAAGAAGGCUAUUGUACACUACAGGGAUGACCUAGACCUGCAGAACCUAAUGGACUACAUCCAGAAGGAGUUCAAGUGCUGUGGGUGGAACAACUACACAGACUGGUCCUGGAACCUGUACUUCAACUGCAGCUUUGAGAACCCCAGCACAGAGCGGUGUGCGGUCCCCUACUCCUGCUGUACUCCUAUACCUGGAGAGGCUGUAAUUAACACAAUGUGUGGAUUUGGGGUUCAGACCCAGAAUUACCUGGAGGCCACCAAGUCCAUUUACCCAGUGGGGUGUGCAGACAAGGCAGUCAUUUGGAUCGAGUCCCACCUGCUGCUGGUUGGGGCCCUGGCUCUGGGCCUUGCCCUCCCACAGAUUGCAGGUAUAGUGCUGUCUCAGAUCCUCAUCUCCCAAAUUCAGGAUGAGAUCAGCUCUGUGUUGUGAGGAACAUC